UGACUAAAAAAAGUGGGAAAAAAAGAAAAGAACCCACAAAUUUUUAAAUUUCUGUCUCUUUCUUCAACCUCUGUCCCUCUCUCUUGUUGCUCUCAAGUGUGAACUGUGAAGUGGCCGCCGUCUCGAAGGACCACGGAUUCCCGGCCACAAAUCCGACGACGAGUUGAUUUUGAUAUAUUUACGUAAAACUCAAACCAGAUAAUGCUCUGUACAUCUCCAAGCAGUCCGAUUUUCAUUUCUUCUCCAGCUAUAAUUUUCUGAAUCGAAAAAAAUUAGGGCUCGAAAUCAUCUUCAAUGGUAUCAGCAGAGAAUAAUUCUCAAUCGGCGACGGUUGCCACAUCUUCCUCGCCGGGAGUUGAAAUCGAGAUCAUGGAUACCGUGACUCCAGCGAAGAAGAAGCGGAAUCUCCCAGGGAUGCCAGAUCCAGCGGCGGAGGUAAUAGCUCUGUCGCCAAAAUCGCUUCUAGCAACGAACCGAUUCGUGUGCGAGAUCUGCAACAAAGGAUUCCAACGAGACCAGAACCUGCAGCUUCACCGGCGCGGACAUAACUUACCUUGGAAGCUCCGGCAACGGACGAGCAAUGAAAUUCGAAAACGAGUCUACGUCUGUCCAGAGCCUUCUUGCGUACAUCAUAAUCCGGCUAGGGCACUGGGCGACCUAACUGGCAUUAAAAAGCACUUCUCCAGAAAGCACUGCGAGAAGAAGUGGAAGUGCGAGCGAUGCUCGAAGAAAUACGCCGUUCAAUCGGAUUGGAAAGCGCAUAUGAAAACAUGCGGAACUAGAGAAUAUAAAUGCGAUUGCGGAACUUUGUUUUCUAGGAGAGAUAGUUUCAUCACGCAUCGGGCUUUUUGUGAUGCUUUGGCGUUCGCAAGCUCGGAUUCCAAUGUAGUCGCCGCCGCUGCCGCCGCCGUGGCGGUUGCUUCAUCGCCAUUGGCUACCGUGCCGCUGUCUCCUGCUUUGUCAAUUCAAAGCUCAGAAGCACCGGACAUUCCCAUGGGACCUCCUCCAUUAACACCGGCAGUGACAAGUUUAACUUCGGCCAUGGCCUCCAACGUUAACAAAUUCAACCCAACAAACGGCGGUGGUACAAGUGUUUUCGCGGGUGUAUUUACUUCUUCUCCUCCCAUUGUUACCAGUGCUGCUGCCCCAAAUCCGCCCCAUCAACUCACCACCGCCGUCAGCCGAUCAGAAGACGGCAAUGAUUGCCCAACCGCCGCCAUUGAGCCCACAUCGCUCUCUCUCUCAACGUCCCUUUUCCUCUCCUGUAGAGCCUCAGCCUCAUCGGGCUCAACCUCAGCCUCUUCCAUUUUUCAAGACCAUCCUUCACAUUACUCGCCGUCGCCACAGCCCGCCGCCAUGUCCGCAACCGCACUGCUCCAAAAGGCUGCCCAAAUGGGCGUCACCAGCUCUAACGCCUCCUCUUUACUUCGUGCCUCCGGGCUGUCACUAUCACCAUCUCCCGGCCCCGCCAUCUCCAUGACGGCUGGGCUCGGACUUGGAUUUGGUAACGAGCCCACCACGCGGGACCUCCUAGGAUUGGGCAUGGGCGGCGGCGAAGGUGGUGGAGGCGGGGUUUCCGGCGGAGGUCUAUCUGCUCUUUUCGUCUCCUUUGAUGGCUGUGACGUUGAAGCUGCUUCGCCUUACGGCGGCGGCGGGACUAAUGGGUUAUGAAAUUUGACCUUCUGCUCCGCCGGUUUCUGCAUCGGGUUCCGGUAAUGUAUGUGUAUAGAAGAAGGAAGCAUGCAGCCACCUGGUUACGACGUGGGUCGACAUUUCGCAACAGGGAAGAGAUUGUACAAUCUUUGUUUUCUUUUUCUUUUUUUCCCCCUCUUUUUUAAGUGAUGUUAUUAUAAUUUCUAAUUUUGCUUCGUUUAUUUUUAAUUAGUGUUUUAUUUUCUCAUUCGGGAGUUUGAUUAAAUUCUUUUCCCAUUCUUCAUAUUAAUUUUGGAGCUGAUUGUACAUAUUAGUUCGAGUUCUUUAUUUUA